CAAAAUAACACCAACUACAACACAACUUUUACCCGUUUGACGCACGAUCAAAUAAAAAUGGCAAAUACAGCUCAACUGUUGCGCCGUCAAAGCUCGCGUGACAUUGUGCUCAAAAGUCAAAAGAGCAUCGAUCAAUUGGAACUCAGGGAGCUGCGUGGCCGUUUGGUGCCAAAAGAACAUGGCGUCAGUCAUCAUCAUCAUACGUCGCUGCACCAUCAUCAUCAGCCCAUGUAUGGAGCCACAAAUCAGGGCUUCAUGUCCGAUGCCUUCGAUGAGUCCUCGGAGCUGGAACAGGAACCUCCAUUUGGCUCCGAUGCUGGCACCAGCAAGACAAAGGCCGAACUCGCCGCCGUCGUUGAGCAGCAGCAGCAGGACAUCGUUGAGGGCGAGAAGGAGGGCGAGGAACGCGAGAGCUGGGAUAGUAAAAUUAUGUUCCUGCUGGCCACCAUAGGCUACGCGGUUGGACUGGGCAAUGUCUGGCGCUUUCCGUAUCUAGCACAAAAGAAUGGCGGAGGUGCCUUUCUGGUGCCGUACUUCAUAAUGCUCUGCAUUCAGGGCAUACCGAUCUUCUAUCUGGAACUGGCGAUCGGCCAGAGGUUGCGUAAGGGUGCCAUCGGAGUGUGGAGUCAAGUGUCGCCGUAUUUGGGGGGCAUUGGCAUCUCAUCGGCUGUGGUCAGUUUCAUUGUGGCAUUGUAUUACAAUACGAUCAUUGCAUGGUGCCUGAUCUAUUUGCUGCACAGCUUUGAGUCGCCGCUGCCGUGGGCAGAUUGUCCGACGCGUCUCUACAAGAACUAUACCUACGAUCAUGAGCCGGAGUGUGUGGCAUCAUCGCCCACACAAUUCUAUUGGUAUCGAACAACGUUGCAAUGUUCGGAGAGCGUUGAUAUGCCGGAGAGUUUCAAUUAUCAUAUGGCAAUUGCUUUGAUUGUCUCCUGGUUUCUUGUCUACAUCUGCAUGGUACAGGGUAUCACAUCGUCGGGCAAAAUCGUCUAUAUGACUGCGAUCUUUCCGUAUGUUGUACUCAUCAUAUUCUUCUUUCGUGGCAUUACACUUAAAGGUGCCGCCGAUGGUGUUGCACAUUUAUUUACGCCACGCUGGGAGACGCUUCUCGAUCCCGUUGUUUGGCUGGAGGCGGGCACACAGAUCUUCUUCUCAUUGGGACUGGCAUUUGGUGGCUUAAUCGCAUUCAGCUCUUAUAAUCCAGCCAACAACAAUUGCUAUCGGGAUGCCAUUCUCGUCUCGUUGACCAAUUGUGGCACCUCCAUGUUCGCUGGUGUCGUUGUCUUUGCCGUGAUUGGUUUCAAGGCAACCGCGACCUUUGACCGCUGCACGGAGGAACGAGCCGGACUUGUCGCCCAGAAUCAUACACAAAAUCUGCCCAUUUGCGAUCUCCAACAGGAAUUGGCCAAUAGCGCCUCGGGCACUGGACUUGCUUUUAUUAUUUUUACGGAGGCGAUCAAUCAGUUUCCGGGUGCACAACUCUGGGCCGUGCUCUUUUUCCUCAUGCUCUUCACGUUGGGCAUCGAUUCGCAGUUUGGGACACUGGAGGGCGUGGUUACAUCCCUGGUGGACAUGAAACUCUUUCCCAAUCUGCCCAAGGAAUGGAUCGUUGGCGCUCUUUGCCUCUCCUGUUGCCUGAUUUCGAUGUGCUUUGCCAACGGUGCAGGCAGUUACAUUUUCCAGCUGAUGGACAGCUUUGCCGGAAAUUUUCCGCUUCUGAUUAUCGCACUCUUCGAAUGCCUCUCGAUCAGCUAUAUUUAUGGGGUGCGACGUUUCUCGGAUGACAUUGAGAUGAUGACGGGCUCGAGGCCGGGUUUCUAUUGGAUGUUCUGCUGGAAGUAUUUGUCGCCCUGCGCCAUGGUCACCAUCCUGUUGGCCUCCUUCUAUCAACUGGUGACUGAGGGCAGCAGCUAUCCCGCUUGGAUUGCCGCCAAGGGAGCAACCGAUUCCAUGGAGUGGCCCCAUUGGUGCAUUGUCGUUGCCUUUGUCCUGAUACUUUCCUCGAUUCUGUGGAUUCCCCUCGUUGCUUUAUUGCGCCUUUGCGGCAUCAAGGUGGUGGAGGAUUCGGAUCCCGCCUGGUUCCCCGAGGCGGAGCUGAAAGAGGUGCACGGAAUUGUGCCACACGAGCCCACAGAGCUGGAGCGCAGCGUUUUCUGCUUCAACAUGGAUGGAACGGAGGGCAUGUGUUGUCCCAAGUACGGUCUGCCCGAGAAAUCGCUCGAGGAGGAGGAGGAAUAAACGAAAAUGUUUAGAAAUAGACAAAGACAAUAAAAAGCGAAACACAAAAAUGCAGACAAAAGUCAAAUGCAACUAACUGUAAAUACGGACAAUAACUAAAGCGAAAAAGCAAAACAAAAAAAAAA